AUGCCUGCAAUCAACAGCAACAGGAGGGGCCUUUCUCGGUCCAUUCAUAAUCCACAAACCGACAAUGGCUGGCAGUUGCGACCCAGGCACUUCAUCGUCCGCGAAGGUGGCACUAUCGUACCUCUCGUCCCUGUCGACCAACUACCCGCAUACAUCAAAAUCCAUGGAGUACCGCGUGAAAUGGGCAUCGAGGACACAGCCGGCAUGUCCAACUUGGGCAUGUUUACAAAGCCGGAGGGCCUCUUCCAGAUAUGCCCUCUUACUCCGACGAAUGACAAACCUAGCAGCUCCGUAGGCCUCAGUCAAAGUGAUCCGUCUGCACUCGACAAUCGCACAUGUCCCCAGCAGAUUGAACGACUUCGUGGUACUGCGCCUGAACCUACGUUUGAGGGCCCGGUGACGAGGUGGGUUACCGAGUCUAUGACAGGAGACUCAAGGGUCCCACCCUCUCGCCCGACUAUGACCACGGAAACGACCCAGCCGCAGCCACCGGCACUGGAGCUGCCGGCUCCUCGAGUUAUAGACUGGGCCGAAGAUACAGAGUCCGUUUCCACCGACAACUUCUCCGCCGUAGACGAGGAUCGCUCGGCAUCUUCGACGCCAAGCACGGCGGUCAUUUCUGUGAAAGAAGCGCAGACCCAGCAAGUCCCAACUCCCAGGAAGGAGAAGUCGGCAGCCGAGAUCGCGGGCCGCAUGCUCGAGCUUGGUGACACCCAGUGCACCACCCGGCAGGACCCGCCGUCUCGGACGAGGACUCAAAGCAGCAUCUGCGGCACCGCGAAGCCCCCUAGGUCGGGCAAGCAAAAGGCCCCCCGGCCCGCGGGCAGCCUGUGCCGGCACUGGUGCCAGACGGGUCAGUGCAGCUGGGGCACCGAAUGCCGAUACACACAUCAGAUGCCGGUGACGCUCGAGGGGCUCGCGGACGUUGGGCUCACGGAGCUGCCGGGUUGGUGGCGUCGGGCGGCCGGGCUGCCUGUGAAGGGGACGAUCGACGUGCGUAUCUUCGCUGCUGCUGCGUCUGCCGCUGCCGGCGGUGGAAAGAAGAACCCGUCCCCUACUCUGACACCAGGCACCACGAUUGCUGUUCCAGUCCACCCGUCCAAGAAGGCUAGAUCGAAGGCCGAGAGGGAGGAGAGGAAGAUGGCAGAGGAGGUUCACGCGGUUCGGCUUGGGCUUGAAAGGGCUCAGGCAACAGGAAGCAAGAAGAAGCUGGGACUGGGACAAGCACAGGCGCAGCAAACACAGGCGGGAAAUGUUCAGCAGCUACACGAAGAGGUGGAAAAGCUUGUUGAUAUCUGA